AUGCUUGAGGAGAGGGAUCGCGAGGAGAGAAGACUACAGACAAUAGAGGAUUGGGAGCUGUCCGGCCAGAGAGGAGGGCCCAGGCCGCAGUGGAUGCCUGCCGCCUCGGCCGGGCCCGCCGCUUCAGGAGGAUGGGCUUCGCCGGGCGGCAUCAAGCGAGGAGGAGCGGGAUCCAGGCUGAGGAUGACGAGAGUCGAUGGGUUCAACUCAUCAGUGGGGUUCUCACCUCGGAAUAGCAAGGACCGUCCGUUGGCGGAGCGGGCUUGCAUUCCGACGACAGAGGUGAUCAACGUUCUCGAGAACCUGUCGGGCACCUUAAUUUUCAACACCGCCACCUCGCAGGAGCGGCUCGCGCUUGCCAGUCGGUUGCGGCAUUGGGUCGUCGCGGACGGCACGUACCUCAUCCGAGAGGGCGACGGGGAUAGGAAUCGGUCGGCGAUUUUCAUGAUCGCCUCGGGGAAAGCCACGAUAUCCCUCAACAGAACCAUCGAGGGCGGCUCUGUCCAGGAGGUGGACAUCAAAGACAUCAAAUCCCCCAACUACUUCGGGGAAGGGAGGGUCCUGGGGGACAGUCGGGCGUACGCGAGCGUGAGGGCGAAGGAGGAGCUUGUGGUGUACUACCUCAUGCGGGCCGACAUCGAAGAGCUUGUUAGCCCAACGACGAGGGCUUUGAUGGAGCGGGACAUGCUCGUCAGAAAGUUCCAGAAGGAGCACCUCGACGACCUUUUUGCGGUCAUCAGGAAGAACUGUUCGGGCAUGAAAUGCCUCGCGAGAUUCGCGGAGGAGCAACGGAUGGGCGGGGAGGUCGGGUUCUUCAUCGAGGUGGAAGCGUAUCAGAACGCUGAAACGAGCGAGGACAACGAGGCGCGAAAGCAGCACGCGGAGAGAAUAGUGGCCAGCUACAUCUCUCCGAGCUCUUCCGGGGUGCCCAGCAUGAUCUACACCUCCGAAGCCCAGCGGAACGCCUUGGCGGCGAAGAUGAGGAGCGACGGCCCCGCGGACGGAGAAAAGGAGGGGGGGGCAUCGUUGGACGACGACCGAGGAGUUGCAAGGUUCGGGCGGCGUACACCCCCGGGUGCGGGUGGCGACACUCUUGUUGGCGAGGGCGAAGGUUGUGGUGACGUCGGGGGACAGGUCGGGCGUGGUGCCGUCUCACCCGACUCAUGUUCAGGCAACGCCGGAGACGGUGGAGAAGGUCCGGGUCCGCAAUGGUCGGGGUCGCGGGAUACUCGCACGGAGUCGUCCUCGCCCUCGUCGUCCGCGUGUUGGGACAGCGGGCGGAGCGACGACGGCGCCGGCGAGGGGGACGGGGAGAUGAUGGACGGUGCCGAGGACGAGGAGGGUCGCCAGGGGACCGAUCGUAAGGCGCUGUCCAGGUCUCUGUUCGAUGAGAUCUUGGACCAGAACGCGAUUCCAACAAUACGGCAGAACAUCGUCCCCAAGUUCAUCCAGAGCAGCUACUACGAGAUCUUUCUGGCGGAGCUGUUCCCUCAAGUCGAGACACCGGACAUCAACGCUUCCGACGGCAACGAAUUCCGCCUCGCGCACCUCAAGUCCGACAACACAAGCAUGACCCUCGACGAGGGCGACGGCGGGCCAUCGAGACAAUACCGGACUAACUCGUUGGAGGAGGUCAGGGACAAUCCGGAGGCCCUGUCCGCGAGGAUCGCCCAGGCGGUGGCGGCUGCCAGGAAAGUCGCGGAGGACGCGGCAGUCGCCCCGGAGGCGGCAGCGGCUGUAGCUGCGGAGGUGGCGGAAGGGGGACGGGGCAAGGACCCCGCCGCUGCUGCUGUUGAAGCAUCUGACUCGGCCCUAGAAGUUGCAAGGGGUCAAGAACGCUUGCUCACAUUGGACGAGGCUAGAAGCGUGAACGACAGCGCGGUCAACGGACUUCGAUUAUCCGAGGGGGAUGAUGGCACGGACCAUUACGGCGAAGAGGAGGACUUCAGCGAUGAACUGCUGGUGGUGAUAGGAUUCCGGAAGGGGGGGCUAGUCAGGAGAGUGUCGACGGGGGGGCUCGCGAGAAUAGAAGAGAAGGCAGGAAAACCUUGUUUGCUGAUGUAG